AUGGAAAACGAAACAAAGAAACCAAUCGAAACAAGCAUUGAAUCUUCACCUCCUCUCAAACGCCAGCAAUCCUCUCUCGACGAUUCCUUUCGUAAACAUCAAAAACAGCCAAAAACCUUCACAGUCCACUGCUGUUUCUUCAAACUCGAAUUGAAUUUCAUUAAAAUCUUUGCAAUGGUUGCCAUGGUCCUCAAUACCAUUACUUUCCUCAUUCUCCUUGGUUUGCUGAUUUAUAGUGAAAAUAGUCAGAUGAAUGAGGAUAUUGAUUUGUUGGCUACUAGAGCGAAGGUAUCUACGUAUACUGCCUAUAUUCAAGCUUAUACGUUGGUGGCUGCCUAUUCGGGAAAUGAGGGAUAUUUGGCUUAUUAUAAUAAUUAUUCGAAAGUGAAUGAUGAGUUGACUGAAAAUAUGCUUCAAAAGAUACCUCAGAGUAUUUCGCAGCAGUAUAGAAAUAAUUUGCAGGGAAUUGUUAAUUAUUUGACUGAUACUGAUUCUCAAGCUGUUUCGAAUAUUAGAGAUGGAAACUUUACGGAAGCUGUUCGAUUGCUUACUUCCGCCACUUAUAUCGCAAGAAGAAACACUUUUAGAACUGCACAAGAUGUUGUACUUGAUUAUGUACUUGCUUCUCAAGAACAAGUGUCAAAAAUCACUAAUGCUAUGUCCAUAACUUCAUUAUCAAUUAUUUGCUUGGCAGUUGUAGUUACAGUUCCAGUCAUUAUCUUUGUUUUUGGGUUGGCUAUUAGAUCAGACUCCAACAAUGUUCAAAAAUUAAGAGAAGCACUAGCAGUUGACAUUUCACACACCAUGAAUAAUGACAGAUUGAGAAAUCUCUUUAAGAAUCAUUGUAAGAAGGAAUUUAACUCUGAAAACUUUGAAUUCCUUGAAAAAGUUCAGCAGUACAAGCGAUUGUGUGAAUAUCAAAUUGAAUUGGUUCAAACAUUGAGUGAAGAAACUGAAAGUUCUAAUAGUUUAGGUAGCGUUUCUUUCGAAUUAUCUGAAGUUUCCAAUAACGCAACUCCUUCCACCAUCUCUGUUGUUGAUCAGUCUUCCAAAUCCAAUACUUCUCUCAGUGUUGGUCAACCAACAACCAAGAGAAAGAAAAAUCUUUCAACUACUCAAGAACUCGAAACUGAAUUAGAAGUUGUUGAAGCAAAGAAAUUCCAAUUAGCUCAGGAAAUAUAUGAAGAAUUCCUGAAUGUUAAUGGCCCUAAAUCUGUAAAUAUUGAUAAGAAGUCCACACAUGAUGUUUUGUUUCAAAUUGAAUUGUAUAAGAAUCGUCAAAUUUCGUCGCUUCCAGACGAUUUGUUUGAUUUCUUGGAGAAGGAAAUUGAAAUUGUAAUGUUGGAUUCUCAUUACAGGUUCAAACUUUCGAUGGAAUUCCUCAAGGAAAUGAGAGUUAAAAAGAUUCAUGGUUUGGUUAUGAAACAUCAAAAUUCUCAAUAA